CACCCCCUGUCCUGUGGCGCGCGCAGCCACCAAAGCGAGCGUGGCUUGCAUGCAUAACACCAAAACAAGUAGCGAUGAAUACCAACUGUUUAUCGUCUAACAAAUGUGUAAAUACGGUCCCAUCGCCGUAGAGAAGGAAACAAACACACACGGAUAAGGACAGGCCCUCUGUCUCCAUUUUCUCAGACGAUUCCUCCUCCUCCUCCACCACCACCUCCGCCUGCUCCUCUCGCUUGGUGCUGGGGUGAAUGGUGGGUCCAUGGGGUGAGCAGUAAAUGGCUGAGGAGCUGUGCACUGGCUGGUUUCGCAUCAUCGCAGGAUCAUUGGAAAUAGAGGAAUGCAAAUCUGCAACCAUGAUGGAAGGAUUGAAAAAACGUACCAGGAAGGCCUUCGGAAUGCGGAAGAAAGAGAAGGACAACGACUCAACGGGGUCCCCAGAAAGAGAAGGGGGUUUGACCAGCCAGGAGCCCCCAGAGUCUGACUUGUCCCAGAAGAAGUCCAACGGCUCUGCCAACGGCUUCAGUGGAGAGAUCGACUGGGAAAGAUAUAACUCUCCGGAGGUGGACGAAGAGGGCUACAGCUUGAGGCCCGACGAAGAGGAAGAAGCAGCAGCUGCCCCCAAAGUCAAGACCCAUUUCUUCUCCUCCGAUGAGUCCGAGGAAGACGAGGACCACCGCAAGAAGUUCAAGAUCAAGAUCAAGCCCUUGCCGUCUGACUGCCCCGUGGCGAUGCCCUCUGUAGACCAACUCAAGGCCUCCAUCUGCAACAUAGCCUUGUCCCCAUCACCUAUGAGGAGUCCGAGACGUAGCCCGGGUGUGUUGCAGCGGAACACCUCAGGUGAGGAGAUCCCAAGGCCGAGACGUCCCGUACCCAUUGUACCCGCUGUACCCGCUGUGCCUGCUGUGGCCCCCACGCCAGCCCCUGUCCCCCAGCCCCCAAGCAGCCAGCAGACACAAGUACUAGAAGAUGCCACAGCGCUAUUCGGGCCUCCACUUGAUUCAGCCUUCGGGGAACAGAAAACUGAAGUGGUUCUGUUUGAGUCAGAUAUGUGGGGGGCUCCUCUGUCAGAACCUCUGACGAGACCCUUCCCUACAGGAACACCACCUCCACUUCCCCCCAAGAAUGUCCCAACUUCCCCACCUACGACCGGGCCUCCCUCACCAUUCGGUACUGAAGUGCCAAGCGAAGCCGAGGACUCCAUCGCCAAGCCCUCUUUCGCGGACUUGGACAACAUCUUUGGGCCUGAGGAGGGCUCCUCUGCUAUCGGGGAUGACACCGGCGACCAGUGGGUCUGCUUCAGUGAUAAAUCCCCAGCGAGACCAGCUCUUACGCAGGACCCUACACCUCCACCACCCUCCUCCCCACCACCUCUUUCCGAAGACAAAGCCCCUACCCCACCAGCCUCCCCUCCUCUUCCAGAAGACCCAGUAUCUGCUCCACAGACCUCCCCUCCUCCUGAAGACCCAGCGCCACCUCCCCCCGCCUCCCCUCCUCCCCUAGACCCAUCACCUCCUCCGCCGACCGCAACAACGCCCCCAGCGGAAGCGGCGCCAUCUCUGCUUGCGGCAGCGUCUCCACCACCCCCGGCGGAGCAGCCACCUCCCUCCCCCCCAGCCCCGACACGAGAAGAGCCCUGGCCCCCCCUGCCAUGCUCUCCCCCCCCGUCAGAGGCCCCCGACUCCGUCUCCUCCCCCCCUGCAGACCCAGCUCCCUCCUCACCCUCCCCUCCACCUCCCGCCCCCCGAGAACCCACUCCUCCCCCGGCCACGUCGCCUCAUCCCCCCGCUGCGCCGGCCCCUCUGCUGCCCUCGCCCCCGGCCUCUUGCCCCCCCCAAGCCUCCGAUGCUCCCCGGGUGCCUGCUCCCGCCCCUCCCCCCGCGGCAGAGGCACCGGUGUGCUCCGUCCCGCCGCCACCCCCCUCUCCGCCGGGGGGACAUCAACAGCCCCAGAGCCCGGAGGCCGCGGCCCCCGAGGUGGCGCGGGACAAACAAGGACCGAUUUCACCCAAAGAUCACGGCGGUGCCGGCCAGGGAAGCCGGAGUACGCCUCCCCCGCCUCCCCCGCCGACGUACCGCGCGGUGGUCUCUUCACCAGGCCCCGCCUCCGGGGCCACGGGUACGGCCAGCGGCUCCUCCUCUCCGGUCAGGCCCUCAACCCCGUCGUCUGUCAGCCCAAGCCCCCCUCCACCUCCUCCCCGGCCCCCAUCGCGACCUAAACUCCCCCCAGGGAAGCCCACCGCUGCCGGGGAUGUGGGUCGGCUGUCCAGCGCCCCCGUGCACUCGGCCAGCCCCCCGCCCAUCGCCCCCCUGGCGCGGGCCGAGAGCACCUCGUCCAUCUCCUCCAACAACUCCCUGAGCACCGCCACCACACCCACUGUCGGUAAAGAGCUCUCCGUGUCCGUGUCAGAAGAGGAUGCUUAUGUAGACAAGCUACCAACGUUUGAGAGACACUUUGAUUCAUUGGCAGAGAAUGACCAGCCGUCCCUGGUAUGGUUUGACAGAGGGAAGUUUUAUUUAACAUUUGAAGGUAAGUUGUCCUCCAAUGUGCCGGGGCCAUCUUGAGAAUCAUAUGUGCAAGCUGCCCACCACGGCCCUGCCUCCUCCUCUGUUCUCCUUCCUGCCCUCCCCUUUCAUUUCUCCUUCUUUGCAUCCCGCCAUCGUUCACCUAUCAUCUCUAUGCCCUUGCUGAGAACCACUUUCACCAGUCGGCCGUGCAAUGGCCUAGCCUCUCUAUUUCUUUCUCUUUCUCUCUCUCAAAAUCUUCUUCCAGCAUCUCUUGGUAUCUUGUCAUUCUGAUCUCAUCUGCGGUGGCUGUCCCUCAUACCACUGGAAACUCUUCAUUCUUCAUGUUUCCUACUAACAUUCAGGUGGUUUACCUUAAGACUGUUUCUCCCUGACUUUGGCUUUGAUCUGUGGCACUUUGACUGGCUGUGCUGGGGUCAGCACGGCUCUAACAGCACGCUCUGGAAUAUGCAUGGAGCUCUCUUUGGCCUUGUUAUCUCUCUCUGUCUCUCUUCUUCUUCUUCUUCUUCUUCUUCUUCUGGCUGCCUUUGCAUUCACGGUCAGCCUGAUGCGUA